GUCGUUUGCGGGAGAUGGAAUCAGCAGGUCAAGGAUCUGUGGACGCUCAAACCGCUUUUGCUGACGCCGUUGCCCGUGCAAGACAGAUAGCUGCUAAGAUCAACCAACCCGCAGCGGGAGGUGGGGAUGCUUCAGUGCCCCCUACAUUGAAAAGGCCAUUUGAUUCAGAAGGACAGGCAUACGGUGAACCAGAUCAAAAGAAGAGUGUAGCUGCUAUUAACGACCCUAUUGGUGCUCAGUUGAAAGCCCUAGCAAAUCAACAAAAUCCUGCAGCAUUAGCUGCACAAGAAGCAGCCGCCAGAAUUAAUCAACAGUUAGGAAUCGGGCCUGCAUCCCAACCUCCCCCACAGGCAGGUUUACCCUCAGGUCUAUCUAACCCAAGUAUACCACACAACGGUUCAGCAAUGGUUAUCACAGAGGACUUUGCCGUACCAGACCGCAUGGUUGGCCUCAUCAUUGGUAAAGGUGGUGAACAGAUCACAAGGUUGCAGGCAGAAACUGGAUGUAAGAUUCAGAUUGCUCCAGAUAGUGGUGGUUCCCCUGAUAGACCUUGUACUCUGACAGGAACUCCUGGAUCUAUUGCGUCAUGUAAACAACAGAUGCAGGACAUCAUUAUGAAAGGUCAGACCAACCCUGGAGACCCAAUGGGACACAAUGAGGGAAACACUGUGGUAGAGAUGAUGAUUCCUGGAGAUAAAGUAGGUCUCAUUAUUGGCAAGGGAGGUGAGAAUAUCAAGCAAAUGCAGGAACGGGCUUGUGUCAAAAUGGUCAUGAUCCAGGACAGCAACAUACCUUCAUCUAUGGAAAAACCCCUACGAAUUUCUGGGGAACCCAAUAAGUGUAAUAGAGCCAGAGAGAUGGUUAUGGAACUUUUAACGGAAAAAGAUAUGGAGCCUGGUGGUUUUAAGAACAACUCUUUUGGAAACAGCAUGGGUGGGCAGCAGUCAUUUGAGAUCCCAGUACCUCGUAAUCUUGUUGGAAUUGUUAUCGGAAAAAGUGGUGAUAUGAUCAAGAGAAUUCAGAGAGAAACUAAUGCGAAAGUGCAGUUCAAACCAGAUGAUUCUCGACCAGAGAGAAUGUGCUCCAUCCGUGGGUCAUCAUCAGAAAUUGAACAAGCAGCUCAGUUUAUUGAGAAUUUACUUCAGGAAGCCAGUAAUAGGGAUAAUCAAGAUGGUAUGGGACGAGGCCGAGGUUUUGGUCGUGGAGGAGGAAGGGGAGGUGGCCAGUUUGGAGGUCCCGGUGGUCCUGGAGGACGAGGCAUGGGACGGGGUGGUGGUUUUGGAGGAGGAGAUGAGACAACCUACCCUGUACCAGCAGACAAGUGUGGGCUAGUCAUUGGCAAAGGUGGUGAGACCAUUCGUCAGAUCAACCAGAUGUCAGGAGCUCGAGUAGAGUUGCAAAGAUCACCUGGGCCCAAUCCCAAUGAAAAGCUCUUCUCUAUUCGAGCAGGGGAUAAAGGACAGAUACAACAUGCCAUUCAACUUAUAUGUGAAAAAGCAGGUUUGCCGCCACCAUCUGGUGGUCCCGGGCCAGGAGGACCUGGGGGUCCAGGGCCCCAGGGUGGUCCAGGAGGUCCUAUGGGAGGUGGUCCUGGAGGAUUUGGGGAUGGCUUUGGAGGGCAGCAGGGGCAACAGCCACCAGGUGGUCAGUUUGGGGCUCCUCAAGGACCACAAGGUGGAGGUGGUGGUGGAUGGGGUGGAAACAACUACCAACAGGGCUAUCAACAGCAGCCAGAUCAGAAUAAACAGGCACAAGACAAUGCUGCAGCUUGGGCAGCUUAUUAUGCCCAGUAUUACAAUCAGUAUGCUCCCAACCAGUAUGGUCAAGGUGGUGUCCAAGGUCAGCAGUCACAACAACAUGCACCCCAGCAACAACAGCAGCCACAACAGCAGCAGCAACAGCAGGGGCAGACAACUCCACAGCAGGGCUACACUGCUGGCACAGCAAACCCAUCAAUCAACCCACAGACUGGUCAGGCUGAUUAUAGUCAGGCAUGGGCAGAGUACUACAGACAACAAGGCAUGCACUACCAGGCUAACCUCAUCUUACAACAGGCCCAGCAACAACCAGGUGGGGCCCAGCAGACUGGACCGAGUCCUGUACAACAGCAGUAGCAGGCACAUUAUCAGCCUCGGGCCAACUGGUGGAUAAUUAUUGGAAAAAGGGACAAGAUAUUAUAUCACUCACUUCAGACUGAAUAGGAAUUGAUGACAGAAGAUUUAAAAACUACAUUAUGGCUUCUGACACCUAUAACAUAAUGAUGUGCUGUUUUCCUUUAUUUUCUUAUUUUAAUCUCCAUUUAAUAGUUUUGUGUUUAAUAUCUAGAUAUAAUAGACAGUCAUCUUUGUAUCGUUAUUCUUGUAAUAUCACUGUUUGUAUCGGGCUUAUAUAAUUAUCGUAUCAUCAUAAACAAUCACUUCCUCGUUCAUCGAAUUCUCUUCAGUCGGUUUUCCUUGUUUUUAUUGGUAACACAUGAAUCUAGCAUCGCAAUAUCUCGUAGAUGAAGUAACUAAUUUCUUUUAGUGAACUACACAUUCCAAACUCGCGUUAUUAUAAUUUUCUCUUAUGUUCAUGAAAUAUGUUCAUUGCUACUAGUUUACCUUUUAUGAUAAUGUGACGUAAAAUCAAAAUAUUUUUUGACUGUAUGUAACAUGUUAAAUAAGAUAGAUAAGAAACAAAAUAUUUAGUGGACAGUAUGAUUGAUAAAUAAAUUUGUGCUAAACUUAUUAUUGAAAUAUCACACUUGAUGAAUUUUUUCUCAUGUCAUAAGAUACAUUGUUGUUAUAAAAGAAUUCAUGCUCAGGCGCUCACAGAACUACAUUAUGAUUAUUUAAUACAUUGUAUUUUGAACUGAAAAUCAUACUUGUAUGUAUGCAAAUUGAUAGUUAUGUUUAGAUAUAAAGAUAUGUGAAUGUUAUAUUGUUUGGAAACAUAAAUAUUGACAAUAAUGUACUAGGUUUAUGGUUAAGUCACUGUUAAAAUUUUUAUGAUGAGUCAUUUUUGUAAUAAUAAUGUUUAACAGAUAAAUUUAUUCAUACUUAUGUAAAAUGCUUCAGGUUUUAUAAUUAGAUUGAUAACAAAUUGCCAAAUAUGUGUACGUUAUAAAUGUGUCCUACUACAUUGCUCUAUUUUUAAAACAUUGAUAGUCUUCGUAUUAUUUUUUGUGCAUCUUUGAAAUGAUAUCUCAUAGUCUUUGUUUUCGUUGACCUGACCGAGCUGCCAAGUCUCUUGUAUACAAAUCACUAAUUUUUAUCCAUGAAUAACAUUGUGAACUAUGUUAAAAUGCCAUUGUUUGAAGCUAUUACUCUUUAUGAUAUGAUAAUGAAGUCGAUGAUGUUGAUGAUGAUAGUUGUAUAAUAGUUCAUCAUAUUUGCUUAGUAAGCACUUUGUAUUUUCAUGUUUUAAAUGGUUUCUGUAGCAUUAUACCCGUCAUUGGUUUUUGUCUUUGAAUUAAUAUGCUUUUAUUAGACUGAGGAUUGAUUGUUUAAUAAAUUUUUUUAGAUUAAUAUUGUGAACAUAAUUAAUGUAUAUACUUACGGCACAUAUAUCUGUCACUACCAGUCAUAUUUUUUGAGCAUGUAAAUUUUGUGCUGUGAAAUACUAUGUAUCUAAAUGUACCCUUCAAGGGCGAAUCGUGUGUACCAAGGACCGGUCUCCCCAGGUGAAGUAUGACUUUGGAGGAAAAUAAUAAAUGUUUUAAACAUUGAUA